AUGUACGAAGGGAUUGACAACCUGAAAUCCCUUUAUGAUCGUGCCGGGAAGACUUUCUCCAGCGGUCAUUCUGCGGCACAGGAUGUGCCGCAUCGUACUGCUCGACCAGACCCAGUACGUCAACCAUCAGUUGGGAGCGGGGCUCCCAAGUAUCCCAGGACGGGGGAUAGCCGCGCCACCGGACGAGGCGACUCGUCCGACGUCCGUUCACGUCGUGGUGGUUCAACAGCUGCUCAACCAGAUAGCGCUGGCCACCGCGAGAGUCCUCUAAUGGAGGUGGAGGAGGAGGGAAGACUCUCUCCACACAAUCGUGGGGAUACGUGUGUUCCCGAGAGCAUCGUUGAUCGCGUAGCGCAAGGGUUACGCGGCGAUCUCGAACAUGAGCGGGACAGGCGUCUCCAACUGGCGGACAAUGUCUUGAAGCAUCGAGAUGAGUAUGCUUUUGCUCAGCUUGAGAAAGAGAGAGCUCUGAUGUCUCUUCGUGACGAGCUAAGGGUAGCUCGUGGGAUUGUUGAUCGGUCUCGGGAUGAGAUAACUGCUACUCAGACCCUUGUCGAUGCCCACCAUCGGGAGCACAAGGCUCUCUGCAAGAUGCUUGAGCGCGAGGGCGUUCUUCAUCGGAAGAGGCAGCGUACUGAUGAUACGGCUUAA